AUGCUAAUCACGUCUAUGAGCGUCAAGAUAUCGCUUCAGUCAUAUGCUUAUGACGCACAUGUGAAUUCUGGACUGGUUAAAGCGUUAUAUGGAAAUGCAGAGUGCAAUUAUUUUAGAAACAAUCCAAUGGAAGUAAAACAGGAACAAAGUGAUUUUUCGGAAGAAUACGUGAUCCAACAAGAUAAUAUUGAAUUCUCUCUUAUUGGAUUUCCUUAUUCCAUUAAAAAUGAGAUAUCAGAAGAUUUAUUUAAGGCAGAUUUACCUAAUACAAAUAAUGAUUUUGAUGACAGCAACACUUUCGACAAAGUAUGCAUGGAAGUUGGUGUUGAAGACAUCAAAUUACAGGAGCUGGAUAAGCCUGAAAAAUUUAUAAUUAUUAAAAAUGAUAAUUUGAGGAAAAAUAAUGGUGGGCGUCCAAAGAAGUACAAAAGCGAAGAAGAAAGAAUAGCUGCUAGACGAGAACGAGAUCGACAACAUCGGGCGAACCGAUCUGCUGAGGAACGAGCAAAGGAAUCAGAAUAUAAACGCCAAUAUCGAGCAAAAGCCAAUGAAAAUGAAGAAGAAGCUCGUGAAAGGCGUCAACGGAUUGCCGAACUUCGCCGAAAGCAACGCGCAAACGCCAGCGCAGAAGAAGUAUUGGCAAGACGCAUGCGGGAUAAAGAAUACCGACUUCGACGGCUUGCAAAUGAAAGUGAACAGCAAGCUCAAGCAAGACGAGCGCGAGCAGCCGAACGCCGGCGUCUACGGCGUGCAAUUGAAAGUCAAGAGAAAGCUGAAGAAAGACGGAAGAGAACAACAUAG